AAAGAAGUGCAGAUCAAAUUCCACGUCCUGCUCACCUCCUACGAGCUCAUCACCAUCGACCAGGCCAUCCUGGGCUCCAUUGAGUGGGCCUGCCUUGUGGUGGACGAGGCCCACCGGCUCAAAAACAACCAGUCGAAGUUCUUUAGGGUCUUGAAUAGCUACAAGAUCGAUUACAAGCUGCUGCUGACGGGGACCCCCCUCCAGAACAACCUGGAGGAGCUGUUCCAUCUCCUCAACUUCCUGACUCCAGAGAGGUUCAA